CUCUAUAUCAGAGGGGUUCUGCCUCCUUCGUUCUCUGCUCUUUCCUUGAAGCUCUGCUUGUAGCCAAAACCUUUCCUUGCAUUUUUCCCCCUCCCUCUCUGAACACCACCACCACCACUAUGAGUCGUAUCUCCUAUAGAACAUCCUCUGGAGGGGGCAGCAGGGGCUUCUCCUCUGGUUCUGCCAUUGUUGGCGGUGGCGGCGGUGGCGGCGGGAGAUCCAGCUUUAGCUCGUACUCCGUUUCUCGGGUUGGAGGCUCAAGAGCUGGAGGUGGAGGUGGUGGCUAUGGACUCAGUGGUGGCUUUGGCAGUCGAAGCAUGUACAGCCUAGGUGGAAACAAACGAAUUUCCUACGGUGGAGGUUACCGAUCAGGUUUCGGUGGUGGAUACGGUGCUGGUGGAGGGGCUGGCUUUGGUUUUGGGGGUGGUGCAGGUGGCGCCGGUGGUGCAGGUUUUGGUUAUGGUGGACCAGGGUUUGGAGUUCCUGGAUCUGCCUUUGCAGUAGGUGGUCCAGGUUUUAAUGCAAGAGGAGGACCAGGGUUUCCCAUUUGCCCACCCGGUGGCAUCCAAGAGGUGACUGUCAACCAGAAUCUCUUGCAACCACUCCACUUGGAGAUUGACCCAGAGAUUCAAAAAGUGCGCACACAUGAGAGGGAGCAGAUCAAGACACUCAACAACAAAUUUGCCUCCUUUAUUGACAAGGUCCGAUUCCUGGAACAACAGAACAAAGUCCUUGAGACCAAAUGGGCACUCUUACAAGAACAGGGGACAACUGUUCGACAAAAAAACGUUGAGCCCCUUUUUGAUCAAUAUAUUACUAAUCUUAGGCGGCAACUUGAUGGUCUAGUGGGUGAGCGCGGAAGGCUAGAUUCAGAACUGAGGAACAUGCAAGAUAUGGUGGAAGACUACAAAAACAAAUACGAAGAAGAGAUUAACAGGCGUACAGGUGCAGAGAAUGAAUUUGUCGUGCUGAAGAAGGAUGUUGAUAGUGCCUAUAUGAACAAGAUUGAACUUGGAGGCAAAUCAGACUCGCUGAACGAUGAAAUUGAGUUCAUGAGAGCACUAUAUGAGGCGGAACUAUCUCAGAUGCAGCAGCAGGUAUCCGACACCUCUGUUGUGUUAUCGAUGGACAACAACAGAAGCCUGGACUUGAACAGUAUCAUCGCUGAAGUCAAAGCACAGUAUGAAGACAUUGCCAACAGGAGCCGAAGUGAAGCUGAAUCAUGGUAUCAAUCCAAGUAUGAAGAGCUGCAGGUCUCUGCCGGGAGACAUGGAGAUGACCUCCGCAACACAAAGACGGAAAUUGCGGAGCUUAACCGGAUGAUCCAGAGGAUGCGAAGUGAAAUAGACGCCUUGAAGAAACAGUGUGCCAAUAUCCAGGCAGCCAUUGCCGAGGCUGAGGAUCGUGGGGAAAUGGCCCUCAAGGAUGCCAGGCAUAAACUGAACGAGUUGGAGGAAGCCCUGCAGAAAACAAAGCAAGAACUGGCACGGCAGCUAAAGGAAUACCAAGAGCUGAUGAACGUCAAGCUGGCCCUGGAUAUUGAGAUCGCCACCUACAGGAAGCUGCUGGAAGGAGAAGAAAGCAGAUUGUACGAAGGUGUUGGAAACGUGAGCGUCUCUGUGGUCAGCACCAACACUGGACUCGGUUACGGCGGUGGAAGUAGCCUUGCCAUGGGAGGAGGUGGAGGAGGCGGUCUAGGAGGAGGACACGGCAUUGGUUACGGAGGUGGCGGCGGCUAUGGUGGCAGCGGCUAUGGUGUUGGCGGCGGCGGCAGCUACAGCAUUGGAGGGGGAAGCGGAUUCGGCUCUGGGACUGGUUAUGGAAGUGGGGUCAGUAUGGGAGGCGGCAGCAGUUACAGCUCUGGAGGAGGCCGUGUCUCCUCUGGGGGCGGAGGUGGAGGAAGCUCCAGUGUGAAAAUUGUAUCAAAAACCACUUCGACCAAGAAAACACUCUAUUAAAGGUUGACCACCACCCCCAACCUGAAUGGGAGCACAUGGCCAUUUGCAAGUGUAAAUAGCUCUGCAAAGCUCUUCCCCUCUGAUCUUUCACCUUUUCCAUAUGAGGCUGGCCAUUGUGUGGAUCCAGACAUUUGAACCCUAGUCUAGUGAGAGUUUUCCAUGGGCAGAGACAGGCUUGCAGUUGUGGAUCAGCUGUACCCAAUUGGUUACGGUUGGAUUCACAACCACAAUGUGUGACCUACAUGUGUGAAGCAUGUUACUGUGCUUUAAAGAAAAAUCCAGGAGAAGCAAAAAGCUCUCUGUACAUCAAUGGGAGAAGAAGGGAAGCACAUAUCACAUGUCUGGGGGCGGAAUGUUAGAAUGGGCUCUCCAUGCAAAAUUGUUUUGUAGAUUUACAUAGCUAAUCCAAGAACAGCACAUGAUCCAGUGACUUGGAUCCAUACUAAAUUUUCCAUCAGCAGAAUAGAUCUCUCCUGUCUUGCCCCCUUCCGAUGGCAGCCCACUGAUCUCCCCCAAAAAUGCUGCUCCUGGGGGAUAGAGCCCCGCCCCAAGGAGCAAAAUGAGAGGGAAGGAGAAAUCAGUGGAAAUUAGCAGUUUAGUCUACAUUCAACCCAAUCUAUGAAGAAACCAUGCAAUCCACCCCUUUCAACAAGUCCUUAUAACAACUAGGGGAUCCCUCCAAGAGGAUGAUAUGGAGGCAUAUUCCAAAGCAACUAGCAAGUUGCUGCUACUGUAUCCCUCUGGUCAAUGAUACAGCACAUUUCUAGACAUCCUAUUCCACAGGGCAGAAGGUAGAGAGGAAUUUACCUCCAGCUCUUUGAAUCUUCUUGCUGAAUUACAUUGCAAUCCUAAACAGAGCUACCCACUUCUAAGUUCAUUGCAGUCCAUGAGUUUUCAAGGGUGUAACUCUGUGGAGGACUGAACUGUCAGUUUCUCUAAGACCUAGGCACUUGGUAAUUGAUCGUCUCUGAUUGAUAGCUGUAUUCCAUGUGAAAGAGGUUCUAGCUUGCUGGUUGCUCCUUGGUUGGAAAAUGCCCCAUUUUUAGAAAAGCAUUAAUUCCUUUGCUGAAUUAUCAGCUUUCAGUGCCUUCACUUACUGGGCAAUAGACAGUGAUGGGAGUUUCCCAGCUGGCAGGCUUCUAAGAUUUCUCUCACUCUCAGAACGUGCUUUUGGAAUUCUCCUCUCCUGUUUGGGCGUGUUCUUUGUCAUUUCAUUGAGGGCAGGAUCAAGCUUACAGCCCCAUAAAAUCACUACACUCUUGCCAAAAAGAACUGUCUCUGAAACAGUUCAGAUAAGAUCUCUUCCCAUCCUGUGUUCCAGCACGCACAGGUAUUGUUUCCAAUAUGGGGGUGGGGGAGCUUUGGUUCUUUCUUGGAAGGGGAAGCAAAUGUGGAAAAGGUGAUCGCUUCUGUUGCUGCUGUUCUCUGAACCAUAACACUGGUUUUCUAAUGCUUCAUCCAAAUGGCUGUGGAUCUUUGUCUUUCUACCAUGCAAGGCUGCAUGACAAAUAAAGAGCAAUUGUCAUUUUUAAAUGUA